AUGUUUCCGGCCUAUAAAGUCUCUGUGACCGGCCUGGAUCUCAAGUCCAAGUACGUAAUGAUGAUGGAUAUCGUACCGAGAGAUGAGAACCGCUACAAAUUCCACAACAAUGGUUGGGCUGUUGCGGGCAAAGCGGACCCGGAACCCACGAAACGCCUUUACAUCCACCCCGACUCGCCUGCCACGGGAGAGCUCUGGAUGCAAAAACCCAUCUCCUUCCACAAGCUCAAACUAACAAACAACAUUGCCGACCGUCAACCCUUUGUGAGUUGCCUUUUGUUCUCUCCAGAACCUUCCACAAGCAGACUGAAUGUCGAGGUGCAGUGGGCGUUAGUGAAUGUGAACGGUUUCCAUGUCCGUUUUGUACAGGAAUGA